CUGCAAGGUUGCCAGAACACAGUCGGAACCUUAAAAAGGUCUUAAAUGCAUGUUUAUAUUUUAAGAAUAGGGACAUAGCAACUACAUAUUAUAUUUUCUACAUUGUUUGUUAUGUUCUGUACUUUUAGACUCACAGUUACGCUUAUUUCUACUGAAACCCUAAGGUGUUGCAUGGUAAUGAUCCGUCCCGAACGGAACGCCUUUUCGCCGUUUCUGUUUCUCCAUAGGCUAAAAGGAUAGUGGUGGACAGUGUGGGACCAUGCUAAAGUUCACAACUAGUUUAUGAUUCAUUAGUUCAACACCGAGUUGAGAGUUAUCAAAGAGAACGAAGAUCAUGAGCGGCAAUCAAGAUCUCAGUUUCGAUCCCAAAGAGCAUCAGCAUCUGCGUUACAACCCGCUGAGAGACAGCUGGGUCCUGGUUUCGGCCCACCGCAUGAAGAGACCCUGGGCUGGACAGGUAGAAAAACCCCCUGAGGAGCACAUACCCAGAUAUGAUCCCCGCAACCCGCUCUGUCCCGGCAACACGAGAGCCAGUGGAGAGGUAAAUCCAAGCUAUGACAGCACUUUUGUGUUUGAAAAUGACUUCCCCGCUCUUCAGCCUGAUGCUCCAGAUCCUGGCUCAGAUCAGCAUCCGCUAUUCCAGUCGAAAGCCGCCAGAGGUGUUUGUAAGGUCAUGUGCUUCCACCCUUGGUCUGACGUCACCCUCCCUCUGAUGAAAAAAGAAGAGAUUAUCAAGGUGAUUGAUAAGUGGGCUGAAAUUUUAGAGGAACUUGGUGUUACGUAUCCAUGGGUCCAGAUCUUUGAAAAUAAGGGAGCAAUGAUGGGUUGUUCGAAUCCGCAUCCUCACUGUCAGGUGUGGGCCAGCAGCUUCCUGCCCAAUGAGCCUGCUGUGUCUGACCGCUGCCAGAGAGCAUACUACCAGAAAAACGGAGAGCCGCUGCUGGUGCAGUACGCCAAACAAGAAGCAGAGAAAAAGGAGCGUGUGGUGGUGGAGAAUUCUGAUUGGCUGGUGGUGGUCCCAUAUUGGGCAAUGUGGCCCUACCAGACGUUGCUGUUACCACGACGACACAUCCUCAGGAUCAAUGAACUGACAGGAGAGGAGCGUGACAGUCUGGCAGCUAUCAUGAAGCAACUGCUGACCAAGUACGAUAACCUGUUUGAAGUUUCGUUCCCGUACUCGAUGGGCUGGCACGGAGCCCCAACUGGCCCUCAUUUAAAAGAAGACAACUCCCACUGGCAGCUCCAUGCUCAUUACUACCCCCCUCUGCUACGUUCAGCCACAGUGAAAAAGUUCAUGGUGGGGUACGAGAUGCUCGCCCAGGAGCAAAGGGAUCUAACGCCAGAACAGGCUGCUGAGAAGCUAAGGAAUCUUCCAGAGGAGCACUAUAAAACAAGAGAGAACCGUGAAAAAGAAGCACAAAGGAAAUGAAACAAUCCCAUCAAUUCUUGGAAGAGCUCCGUUUGGAGGCCUACCUACUGAAAUAUGCCUUUAUGAAAACAUACGGAGCAACUGAUGGUGUAUUCCACGACAAAUUACAUCCCUGACAGUUUUAAAUGCGAGUCUAGACAUAAACAAUGACACCAAAUGCAUGUAAGAACUGGAAAAGACUUUAAUCAGUUCAAAUCUGAGUUUCCUCACCACAGAACAACUUUCACGAUAAAUCAAUUGAUACAUCUUGUUGCUGAAGGAUGGUGUGGAGAGGUAAGUUUUUGGCAAAGACCAA